AUGUAUACAACAUUUACAAAAAAAAAAUGCGCAAGCGAUAAGGUGAAACCAAUAUCAGCUUGUUUUUUUUUUAACAAGUUUGAUGAACUGAACGUAAGCAUUAUCAAGCCAAAGAAGGAUAGGUGUGAUGUUUGCUGCGGUUAUGAAACCAAAAACGUGACAGAAGAGGUUUACAAAAAACAUAUUGAGAAGAAAAAGGCUGCAAGACUAGAAAAAGAAGCUGAUAAAAAGUUGGCUAUUGUUGAAAAAAUUACGGUACUUACUGUAGAUUUGCAGAGCGUGAAGGUUUGUCCCAAAGUUCAAGCUAGUGCUGUCUAUUAUGAGACAAAGCUUUGUUGUCAUAAUUUUACAGUUUACAACUUAGCAACUCACGAAGUAACCUGUUAUUGGUGGCAUGAAUGUGAAGGCGAGCUACAAGCAUCCAACUUCGCUUCUUGUCUAGUAGACUACAUACAAGAGAAGGUUCCUAAAACUAUUCCACUAGUUAUUUUUAGUGAUGGAUGUACAGCCCAGAAUCGAAACUCUAUCAUGGCUAAUGCUCUUCUUGACUUGGCUAUGAAAGAAAACAUAGUAAUCACACAAAAAUUUUUGGGAAAAGGGCCAUACCCAAAUGGAGCGUGA